AACAAAAAAUCAAAUCAACAACUCUUUUGGUGAUUGACAAACGUAAAACGACGAUUCAGCAAUGUGAAUUUGUAUAUUCGAACAACAUCCAUAUAAAAUUUAUAAACCAGUGUUUGAAAAAAUCAUUUAUUGAUAAUUGUUGUAAAUAAAAUUGUUCCACAAUGGAAGCUUGGUUUGAUACUAUACGACCCAUACGAAUACCUCGUCCAAAAUUGAUGUCCAAUAGAACGACCAUCGAUAUAAAUAUACUUGAUGAUCAUGGUAAUCAAGAACAUAUGGCGCCAUCUAUUACAUCCAUGGCAUUAAACAGCAGCAGCAAUGGUAAUCAUAAUAAUUCGGAUAUGAUUGUCACCAAAAUGAACAACGGUUCGAUCAACAAUGAAUCAUAUCCAAGAGAACCUUGUUGUUGACGAUAAAUCGAUCAACAACCUAAACUCAUUCUAUCAUUUUCUCGACAAAUUUUUGUUGUUGUUUUUUUGUCUCAUGAAACGAUUUUUUCCGGUCUUAUUUUGUUGA